UGAAGUAGGCUGCGAACGUCCCCCUUUUAUAACCUCAAAAAUGCGCGAGAAGGAUUACAGUGGUAUAGCGAAGUGAGCUAUUUUAAUCAUUAAAUAGUGCUAAAGUGAACGGAUUAUCGCUAUGCCGUCGAAGAAAAGAAAAUAUAAUGCUAGAUUUCCAGCCGGACGAAUUAAGAAGAUUAUGCAGACCGAUGAAGAGGUGGGAAAAGUAGCACAAGCCGUGCCAAUUAUAAUUUCUCGUACCCUAGAACUUUUCGUAGAAUCACUCCUUGGCAAAGCCAUGCAAGUGACAAUGCAGAGAAACGCCAAGACCUUGAGCCCGUCACAUGUGAAACAGUGUAUACUUGCAGAAUCACGGUUUGACUUUCUACGAGAUUUGGUUAAAAACAUACCUGAUGUUACGGCAGCAGAAGAGAGGGAAAUAAUGAGCGGGGAAAGUUCACCAAACUCUUCUAGAUUUUCAGAUACAUCGGUUCCAAGAAAAGUGGUCAGAGCAGACUCGAACAGUUCCAGCAGCUCCGAAAUCAGAGUGCAACAGAUUUUAUCAGCACCAAAAGAUAGUCUUAUUAGGACUCUAUCUAUGGACGCGGAGCCGAAACCUAGAAACGAAACCGUCACAUCAGACUCAGCUAUAGAUUUAACGAAGAAAGUCGAAGAGAGACCAGUCGUUACCGCGAACUUUUACCAAGAGACUCUGAUCACGGAAGAAGUUCAACACAAGAGCGUGAUAAAAAUAAAUCCAACCUAUUCGAGCCCGCAGCCGUCAACGUCAAACUACACCAGUUUGACAUCAGUGGAGCCUGUUAAAAAACUUGAAGUGCUAGUGCCAAAGCCGGAUCAUCCUAAGAUGUUCUACAUAGACGAAAAACAAAAUAAAACGCCCCCCCGGACACCUGUCACACCUAUCCUAAACAUAGAUUUUACGAAAAAUCUAGCAAAACCCGAAAUAAAGGUCUUAGACACAGCCGUCGCUGGUAUAGUAGGCGUUCCUAAAACUGAUAAAAAACUCCAACGACAGAACUCUAAGUCGAAUAAGUCUGAAAUAAAAAAAGCUGAAAUAAAAAUACCCAUAGUCCCGACUAACGUUGACAUUGAUCUAUUGAAUUCAGGAAAUUUACAAAUAGACGAAGACUAUGAUACCUGAAUAAGUUUGUAAGUAUGUGUUUUUGUUGUGUUUUAGUGAUAUCAAAACAUGAGAUUUGUUAUCCAAAUAAUGUCACAAAGUAAUACUAUGUUUGUAUGUACAUCUGUAAUGUCACUGCGCUUCAUGAGUUCAAGCUUAAGGUCUGUAUUAUAGAUUGAACGAAACAUAGAAUCAAGACAAUGUCAUAUAAUGAUAGAUUUGUCAAUUCUGGUGGAUAACUCUGGUAAGUUGUGGCUCGAUAGCAUAUUUGAUGAUUUUUAAUCUAUCGGAGUAUGCUUAUGUAGCAUAUUUUCCUGUAGACAUUGAAGCAGUAAGAUUUAUUACUAUUGCCUAUAUCCUGGCAAAAGUUACAUCUAGUUAACGUUUGCUACUAUUUAUGCUAUAAAAAUAAGAAACCAAUUCAAAUGUUUGCUUUGUCUAAAUAAGAAAAGUACUAGUGCUUUCGUUAUUUUGUAGCGUUUUAGCUGUCAAAGUAACUUAAAGUAAAGGAAGGAAGUGCAAACAUACCAUUUUUUAUAUUAUUUUUAUAUCAAUUUUGGAGCAAAUUUAAAUUUCGUUAUUCAAUUUUAUGAAUUAAUUGUGUCAUUUCGCAAUGUUGCAAGUAGAAAAAAAUUGACGAAAUAUGUACUUUUAAUCGAUUUCAAUUAUAUUUAUAUUAAGUUACAAAUUAAUUCGCUUAUCAAUAUUCCCCUGCCCUGAAUUAUUAAGUGACAUUUAUCUAUAAAAGGUCAUUGCUCCCUUUUAUCUCGAUCGCAUUAUAAUCACAUUAGGUGAAUCGUCCUUCGUACCGGAACGCAGCAGUACAUAGCAUUGCUAUAUGACGGUAGAAUGAUUAUGAAACGGGGAAUAGCCGAAAAUAAACGAAUACGAUUUAUGAGACUAGUUUUAUUUUUGUUUGGAUAACAUAUAUCGUGAAAUUAAGUUGUUUACCAUUUAGGUAUGUAUUAUAAGUUUUUUUUUUUUUCAGAUUAAUUAUUGUUUCAUUAUCUGUUUGUUUGUGCGUAUGACGAAGUCUUAUAAUUUUGUAUGUAUCUGCAUGGACUUUAUUUUUGUUAUUUGUAUGAAUGAUAUACUUUUGUACAGUUGUGUGCUUGUAUGGUCAGUGAUAAAAUGCUAAGUGACAUAUUAACGUGCAUUUAGCAUAUUAUUUGAACUCAUUCGAAUGUACGUAUUUUAUAUAUUAAGACCGGGAAAGCUGUUCGACUUUGAUGUAGUUAACAACAUAAUAAUAGUUUAUAAGCUCGUCAUUUUAGUCUAAAUUAAUGUGCAUUUAUUAUGUUUUUAAAACUGAAAAUAUGAUCUGUAAUUUCGCUGUUGACUUUAUGUACAAAAUUAUCAAAAGCAAUAGAUUUUUAAAUUAAUAUCAAAAUUAAAAAAGAAAGUCCUGAAAAGAAGUCUGACUACGAAAAAUA